AUGCGCAUUCCAGACACCACACGACCACCUCGCGAUAGUGAGAUCGACGGCGUACACUAUCAUUUCGUUACUAAACAACGGUUCCUCGAUCUUUCUAAGGCAGGAAGGUUUGUUGAGUACGGUGAGUAUGAGAGGUACAUGUACGGUACUGCAGCGGCAGAUAUACUGAACGUCAUCAGAAGAUCGAAGACCUGCGUCCUUACGUUGAAGGCUGAGUCGUUACUUGCCGUAAGAACCAGCGAAAUCAUGCCGUUCAUACUUUUCGUCGCUCCGCCGUCGUUGCAAAUGCUGCGCAGGCAAAAAGAAUGCACCGGACAAUUCAACGUCAAGGAUGACGACCUGAAGGUCAUCUUAACACAAGGAAAGCGUAUUGAACAGAAAUUUGGACAUCUUUUCGACAGUAUAAUCGUCAACACUGAUUUCGACAAAUCGUUAACCGAGAUGAAGACAAUUCUACGACGUCUCGAGACCGAACCACAAUGGGUCCCGAUCGACUGGACAACAUGA